AUGUACACGGAUUUUCUCGGUGCCUGUCGUCAGCCUCAACGAGAGAAACGCUUGUUGUCCAUCCAGCGGCUGUUGAGCAUCAUGGAAUGCUAUCCGGAUCAUCCGGAAUAUCGUGCACACCGUGCCACUCUGCGCUAUUUGGCCACCCAUUUGGCCCGAGUCAGUGCACGGGAGGCGGUGAACAAAAUGACCGCGUACAACUUGGCCCUGGUUUUCGCGCCCAAUCUGGUCCAACCGUUCGAGGACAGUGCGGAAUUGUUGAUGACCGAUUCGAAGUACAAAAUCAUGUUGGUAGAGACUGUGAUCAAAUACCACGCAUGGAUUUUCUCGCCGGAUUUAGGCAUCGAGAGUGGCUGUUCUGUACCCACGGACUCCACGGAAGAACUGCCAUCUAUCGCAAGUGCUGCUGCGGUCACAUCUGGUGCUUCAUCCGAUCUGGCAGAUAUAUCUGCUCGAUCCGGACCCGAAUGCAGCGCUCUUUCUCCGACUAACACAGAUUCCGAGGAUCCGACAAAUCAACCCGGUCGUCUAGAAGGUUUACGCCAUCUUAGUCAGGGAUGUUUGGAUCAGUACACGACCGAGGCCAGACAAUUAGGUGCCCGCGUGGCCGAAAGCCGACGACAGCUUCAAACAACCGUGGCUCAAAGACUGCAAGCAGAGCAACUUCUGAUGGAAGCCCGUGGUCAACAGCAUGAGCGUGUCGAUCCGGUUGACCUGACUGAUCAACCAAAACUUGAGGGGCUAACACCCAGCGUGGUAUCUUGCACCCACCUUGUUUCUCCUCAGUCAUCAGGUCUGGCUUACGUUUCUCCGGGUCGACAAGUUAACCCGAAGGAAGAUGGCUCUGGACCCAGUGCAUCUGUUGAACCUGGUGAGGAAGUGAAUGAAACUGGGGAUAAUUUUUUAUGGCUUCGAUCAGGCUGUUUUGUUCAUCAGCCCAAGUUUCUGUCGAUAAUUUUUUGCGAUUAA